CUUUUCUCCUUCACACAAAACUUCUCGUCGCGUUGAGGCGCCGACUUUUGCAGCGUCUGGCGUGGGCUCGGAGCUUUGGAGACUGGUGUGCAAUUAGGGCAUAGGACAGGUCAACGAAGAAGAGCGCCACGACGCACGCGAGCGCCGACCGGGACGUACCUUUGCAGCGUGUUGAUCGCCCAAGCACAACCGCGUUCGCAGCACAUAUCCACGCGUCGGGCACAAUCAACCUCCCGGAGACCUAGAAGGGCGCUAGAGAAUUCACUAGCGGGAACACAAGCACCAGCACGAUGGCGACCGAAACGGAGAACUGGGACGACGACUUCGAGUUCGGCGGCCAGAAAACGAGCCGGGAGCUGGACAGGGAUGGCGCGGCGCCAGAAGGCAUCAAGGAGGAUCGAUCUCGGCCGACACACGUCUCGCACGGCGAUGGUGAGGGCGAGAACUGGGACGCGGACUUCGAAGACGAGCCUAUGGGUAGUCAAGAGCCCACGCGCUUUCCUCAGACCAUCCCAGACACGAUCCCCAACAGCGUGCAGUUAUCACCGAAGCGUCCGCGCGAGGAAGACUACGACUCGGAGGACGACGACGAGGCAGAGUUUGGCGCACACGGCGAAGAAGAGGACAAGACCGUCACCGCACGCAGUAGACGACCACUUGCUCAAGAGAGACCUCCAGUGCCCGAAAUCCCGCGCGAGAUGCUUGGCCUCCAAAUACCUCAUCUACCCUCUGCGUACAGCGCCGAUGCGCCCCAACCACACCCUAGAUCUCCCACUGCUUCCGUGUUCUCUGUCCCUGCGCCCAGCAUACAGUCCAGCGCAGAUAGCACGGCGCACAUGCUCGGCCGGACGGUCAGCGGAGACUCGCGCUUUGACCGUUCACACCCGCACGUUAGGUCGGGUCAUCGGUUGGAGAACCUGCCCCCCAGUCCACCCAUUCACAAGGAGCGGGAGAGGCGGAGGCUUAGGAAGAAGAGCAGACCUACACCGGUCAACGAGAUGAAUGCCGCUGGCCCGUCCUCUCAGCCUUCCGAAUAUCCAUUCGCGAGGUCAUCCGAGGACGCGCAUAUGCAGCUGGAUGAGGGCGAUGUGUUCACGGACCCGCCAACUCGACCAUCUAUGCGUGCUCGAACACCGUCCCACAGCAGCUCACGACCACGCACACCAAAUGAGCGUCCCCGUACCUCUUCAAGGACAUCCUCCCGACCCCCCUCUACUACCUCAUCGAGGCCCCGAACACCAUCGCACGCGUCCAGGGCACGCACACCACCAAAUGCGAUGCCUGUCCCGCUGCACAAGAAAGCUUCGCAGGCCGCUAUUGCCGUGCCGCAGAUGCCGCAGACGCCUCCUUCCGGCGUCGGCUCGCCCACCGGCGGCAGCCUGCUCAGCCGCAUGAGCAGUGUGAAGAAAAAGUGGGACGCGGCGCGCAGGACCAAGCGCGGGAGCGUCACGCCGUCCGAGGUCGCGGAUAUCGCGGGGCACGACGACCGCCGGCGGAGCAUCGACAGCCGCCGUAGCCUGAGCGAGGACGAGAGCCGCCGGGGCAGCAUCGACUCGCGCACAUCGAACGAGCGGCACCGGAGGCGGCAGAGCGUCGACCCCGCGAUGCUCGCAGGAGGCAGCAGGAAAGCGCACCGCAAGAGCGGCAAGUCGAUGGACUGGCGGUUGGGAAUGCGCAAGCACAGGGCGGUGCGGGACGUGGUGACGAGCGACGAUGGAUUGAGCAUGGACGAGGACGACAACGAGCAGACGCCGCGGCCGCAGAGCACGACGUCGAUCGACUUUGAAGGGCUGCCGCCGAUUCCGCCGGUGCCUGCAAUCCAGUACGACUUUGACGCGAGCAAGUACGGGCACCAUAACAACUCGUGCUCGUCGUUGGGGUCGUCGAUGUCGUCGCCGCAGAUGCGGAGGGCGUCACUGAACCCUUCGCCGACGCCGCAUGGGAGGCAUCAUUCCCGAUCACCGACACCUCUCAGCCGCGGGUCCUCGCCCGUGCCACCGCUUCCUGAGCAUCCCGAGAGCAGCAGCAAUGCCAAUGGCAAGGACAAGGCUCCUGCAAAGCUCGUCAAGCGCAAGUCCAUGGGCUUCGUGCAGCUCCGGAAGUCAACCCGGCCUCUGAAUAGCAGUGUCGAGGACGUGGCUGAGGACUCCGCUGGCGAGGGCCCCUCGGGCAGUCAAGGGGAGCUCGAUACCCCGAUUGCGCCCACCCGCAUGUCCAACUUCGUCCGUCGAAUAUCGUUCGGGUCGAAAGGUCCUGCGCCGGGCGGCGUCGCCAACUUAUUGAACACUGCGCCCAAGCAGCACAAGCGGACGAAGAGCGGCGGGCUGCUUCCACCGGUCGAAUUGCAUACGCCGCCGCUGCCAUCGCCUCUUGGGCUAAGCCCCGUUGAGCCGAGCCCCCUAUCCACGCCGCGAGGCCCACAAGCUGUCAAGGGCGCGGCGAGUAGACCAGCUGGUUCCACCACCGCCAACCGCGCUGUCGGCUCCGGGUCGAUACAUUCCAGCCUGGGACGCGCCUCUCCCUUCAGCUCACCUUACGCGUCGGGAGGGUCGGGGUUUGGGUCCGGGCGCGGAGAGCAUUCGGGAAGCUCAGGAAGACCCGGAACCCAGCUCAUCCAAGCGUAUAGUGCCACUGGCCUCUCGCAUACCGUCAGUGAUGCUGGUACUUCGCGCCCGUCUGCGAACAUGCGGCGAAACUCGUUGAGUGAUCUCAAUAUGCGGCGCAACACGUCGUCGGGUGGUGGGCUGAGGAUACCGGCUCGGAUCAGCCAGGCGCAACAGGGUCUGAGGCGAGACUUGGGGUUGGUGAGGGAGUUUGCUGGAAGUGUGAAUGAAAUCCGCGAGCUCCGCGACACGUACAACGUCCUGGUCAGCCGCGUCAGCGGAAUGCUGGAUGAGAUGCGCCUCGAGGAGCCCACCGCUCAGCCUCCCGCUACCUCUCCGACCAAAGCUGAGCACUCGCCUACGGAGGCGCCUAAGCGCGGACGGCCGAGUCAGGAUAGCAAGCGCAAGAGCAAGGACAGCAGGCGAGAGAGUAUCGAUCGCAGGCGGAGUAAGGACGGCACUCCCACUACGCCCGUCAAGAGUCGGACGCCACGAUCGCCUUUUGGUCGAAGGUCGAGAAGCGGCACGGCGUCUUCGUCGAAUGCGCCAUCGCUUCCCAGUUCGUCAUCGCAGCCUUCCUCGUCCGCUAACUCUUCGAUCACGCCUUCGUCCGAUGUCUCGACGCCGAUUACCUCGCCAUUACCCCCUGGGACUGAUCCGACGACGCCGUUGGCAAAGUUUUCGUCGCGGUUUGCGUCAAUCAACAAUCGAUAUAUGCUUGCUUGGGAAUGCGCAGACUUGCUCAUCGAGCUGGGUGGGGGUGCGCCUCCCGCUGUUGCGGGUGUGGCCGUGAGCCCGAGCACCGAAUCACACCCGAAACCCACUCGUGAUGCGUCCGACCAAACUGUUACCAGCGCCACCACAUCGACGAGCGACAUGUUGCCGCCUCCCCCCAAGACGACUCGGGAUCGAGGCGAUAGCGAACCCGGCACCCGCAGUCAUCUAGAGAAGUCGACGUCUGCACCAGCUCAGGUCGGCCGGACGCGUGCGAUCACGCUCACGGACGGCGAAAGCCCUAUGGUCGGUCCUGGCGAGGGACCAACCUUGCCGAGCUCUGCUUCAGGGGGAAGGGCGUCGACGGUCGGUCGCGGCGGAGGCGAUCUCACCCAACGGCAGUUGACGCUCUUGCGGGAUAUGCUCACCUCGCCAACGACGCAUCUGCAACAACGAGCAUCGUCCAGCACGUCCAUGCGCCCCUCGGAGAGCCAACGCGACAGUCCUUUGCACGUUCCUGCUCAUCUGCCAUCCGAGGAUUCGGGGCGGACCGUUGUGCCGCAUGACUCCUCAGCGCAUCAACAUGGCAAGCGCGACGCUAACGAUCCGGCAGUCAACCGGGAAUGGACUUGGGACAACUACACGAUAGGAGGACCUGCCGGACAUCCGUCAACUGCGCGAGACGACGCAGCUGGUUUGGCUAGUGCGAGCUCCUUGGCGCUGCCCCCAGAAGUAACCUUCGAAACCAAUCCUGAAGUCCGGCGUAAGCGUGCCUCGCGCAUUGGCGGCCUGGGCAUGGCAGGCCUGCGUGACAUGCUCCGCGCUCUGAAGCGUGGGACAGUCGAUCCCGCUCUCGCAGGAGAGUCGUCCAGCAGCCUCAGCACUACGACAUCGCAACCUGCACACUCACAACCCGGCAUACGAAAGCGGGCCAGCCGCAAUGCCACCCUCAACGCAGCUGGUCUGCCUACUCCCAAAGGCACAGUGUCCACCGCGAGCGGCAUCACCGUUGGAAGGCGUCGCGCGAAGACAUCGACGGGCCCUCCGGAGAGCAUCAACUCUUCCGGAAGAGAUACCCCUUACAGCCGCUCCGAAACACCCUAUAACCAUUCAGAAAACCACGCGACCGCCAGCCGGGCGCACUUCGAGGUUCCCGCCACGCCUUCGAAGUCGAGCCGGGACCCGUACGUGCACUCGAACAGCUCAAAAAUCACAUCAAAAUUCAGCUUCCAUGGGAACCCAAGCAGCUUGGGCGUCAGCGGUGGUGGCAAGUCGAGUCCGCGGCGACCCAGCUUGGCGAGCAUCUUCCGCAUCGGCGGUAAGAGUGAGAAGAACGAGGGGAGGGAGGAGGCGCAGGAGAGCUCGGGCAAGCCGAGCAAGUCGGCCUUGAAGGAAGGCGCGAAGAGCCCUCGGGGCAGCAGGCUUCGCGUGAAGAGGCGGCCAAAGAAUAAGGAUGUACCCUUGCCUCUUCCUGGCUCAGGUAGUGGUUCAGCUUCUCCUGCACUAGGCAGCAGCGGCGCGGAGGACGACUACGAUAGGAAUGGCAACAGAUCCAUGUCGACCUCUGCGCAUGGGUCGGGACACGGGGUCGAGGGCAGUUCUUCGACUGUCGACGAUGAUGAGGACGAGGAUUGGGAUCGUAUGGACGUGGACUUCGACAUUCCCACCGCCGACUCGCGGGUCUCUUUGGGCAUGGGGCAACCGUCCACAUCAGUCGGCCUCAACUCGCCCCAUAGCUCCGCCGAACGUCCUCACAAGGCAUCAUCAGGAGCAGAGACUGUCAGGGCAUCCCACAACCCUGAGCGCGGUCGCUCACCGUACUCUCAGAUGAGCCCACGUGCUAUGGUCCGAAGUUCGAGUGGCCGUAGCGUCUCCGGGCCCUCCGCACCUGGGAGCAGUUCCAGCCUGUUCGACCGGCCGACACGGCUGUCGAACGUGGAGGAAGACCACGCGAAGGGCGAGGACAUCCGCGAGCGCAAGGGCUCCGACAGGGAAUCCCCCAUCGACCGCCGGGGUCCCCCGCUACGCAUCGUGCCCACCCACAAGAACGGCUCUGUUCGCUCGAUGCCCGCCGGCCCUGGACCGUGGAACACCGGCACGUUCUCGCCAGAGCCUGGCGCAUCCUGGAAAGUCGAGGAUUCCAUCGACCCCCUUCAGCCCCUGCCGGAACCGCCGCGUCUGGCGAUGACGCCCGAGAAUAUCAAGCCGCUGCUGGAGAAUUCGCGGGAGAUCAAGCUGCGCCUGGCAGACUGCAUCGAGGAGGUGCGCGAGCUGCUCGCCGGCAAGGAAUUCAAGGAGCUGCGCAAGGCAGCUUCCGGCGACAUGGUAGGUGUUGCCGUCUGACGGGAUUGAGGUGCGAGAACUCUGCCCGCCCUCCCGUCUGUGCGUUACCUACCCUCUGUUGUCUCUUGUCUUGCUUUGUCGUCUUGCACAAAAGCUUUCGAUCGCAUAUCGUUAUAUUCAAAUCGGAUCUAACCCUUCCUCGUAAUGCCUCCUAUACCCGAGCGUGUACACACCUCGUCGCAUGCAGUAAUGCCCUCUCCCAUGACUCCCCACGUACGAUAGGUCUCGCUGCUUUCGUGCAAACGCUAUCGACCUACUCAUACUCAUGUACUGCGUCUUCUAUCUACUCACUUUUUCCUCUUGUCGUCUACGUCCCUCGUCUUUUGGUCCCUUCCACACACAUCCUGACCUCUUCCUCACGCACUGUACCUAGUACAUAUUCACGACUAUCGGAUCAUUGACUCUCCUUUGCUCGCCGUUCUAUCUCCCCGUCGAAAUCGC